AUGGACUACACACAGUUCCAUUCUCUUCAAUUCACCUCACCAAUCUUACAAGCUCUGCCCGCUGUCACGCUGAUCGAACAUCUUCGGGAUGUUCAUCUCCAUUUUGCACGAGCACUUAACAUUCAGACACAUUCCGUCAUAUGGCCGGAGAACAAUUUCGUGGGUGAUAUUCGAUUUAAGCCACUUCGACUCCAGCCUUGGAUAGAGUUUCCUCGACUGCAAGAAGAGAUAUGGACCAAUCUCAUGGGGGUGUCUACGUUUGUCCAUUCCGGUCUGUUUGACCAGGGAAUCUUUCUUCAAUCAUCUGCCGAGGCGAUAAAUUUGUCACCUAUCAUGUCAGAAACUGGCUUGAAGAUAUUUCAAGCCCGAACAAUGGAAGACUUUCUCAAACAGAUUGUUGUAUUUAUGAAUCAGGACGCGACCCUGCAAAACACGUUUAGGCUCCGCGGACACUUGAUGCUCGAUCGGCCGCAUAAGGACUGCGUUGCCAUUUCGACGAUGGGGUUUGAAGAGCCAUGUUAUGCAACAAGUGCCAUCCCACCAUACUGUUUGACUCUACCUGAACUUGUUGCUGGGUUGCGCGCGAUAGAAACGUCUGAUAUCCUCGGGAAAGAACCUAGUACAUACGAAGAACAUUCCACCGCUAUGGUAGUCCACGCAAUCAUUCGACUUUUUUCCAGGAUGAUUUCUGCUGGAACUCAGCACGGCUACAUCUGCACUGGAGAGGCUUUUGUAUUUGUUCACAUUUCCACCAUAGACCCCGGCGUCGUCGAAUAUUACCUUUGUGUUCCUGGCCAAGAUGUCGCUGCUCAUGGAUAUGAUGCAGAUUCAACCUGGGUUCGGCGCACGGCUUUGGGUCAGGUACUCGCUUUCACACUCCAGUCAUUACUUGUCGCUCGACCAUCCCACGAGUGGCACGAUACAGCUUUCCGCUCCCUUCAAUUGAGCCACGAGGAUUAUUCAAGCCUCAUGCCCCAAACGCCGGAUAACAUUCGACUCAGACCACCAGCCAAAUACUUGUAUCAGAAUUCCUUCUGGGGUCGAUUUUGGGGGAAUCUUUUGCAAAGCAACUUGCACACAGACAAUGGCGAUCUUGGGCAGGCUGGUUCGCAGAACACUGAUCUGCAGGAGAGACCCUACUGUACCAUGGCAUGUCUCCGCGGCACUUCUGAAAAGGAUUAUCUGGAUCUAGAUUGUCCGAAUGCUAGUGAUCACGGCAUAGAAAGACAUUCAAUCAACUCCCAGGAGAUCACGGAUAGGCUGAGUGCUCAGCUCCUAGAAAGUCGAUAUGAAGGAUUCCAGCAGCUGCAUGUUAUUGGCCGAACCUGUUAUCUCAUCAAGGCAGUUUUGCUUUCUCACGGGUAUACGGUGUUAAUCAAGGCCACCACUGCGAGGCAAUCGCGCAGGAUCAAAGGCGAAGCACGUAACUAUCGUGAUCUGAUAGCGUUGCAGGGAUCUAAGAUUCCUGUCUGUCUUGGGAUGUUCGAGCCUAAGCUUCCGUACUGGUAUCAUGGCAGUCAGAUGCGCUACAUGCUGGUCCUUAGCUGGUCAGGAAUUCGACUAGACCAUGAAGUCAGCCCCGGACUGCGUCACUUCAUUGAGAUGCAGUUGGAGGAACUCCAGAGUAUUCUUCAAGAGCAUGGAGUCAUUCAGAGAGAUGCAGCUUACCGCAACGUGCUGUGGAAUUCCGCCUCGCACUCCCUUGUGAUGAUUGACUUGGAAGAUAUGAAAUGGCUGCAGGGGACUGUGCAGGGAUCUGACCCGUGUGAUGGAGCCGGGAUUGACGCCAUAAGAGAAGAUUUACGGAAGACGCAAACUGGGCCAGAGGCUAGCUUUGAGACGAUGGCAAAAAAUCUUCGACUUUGGCACUCUUAA